CCAGCACUCCCACCUCGAGUUCCGAUUGGCUCCGCGUGAGGGGCGGGCCUUUGCGGCAUCUUAGGGGGGCGCCUUCUGCCACGUCACUGGCGGUACAGUUCCUGGAGCUGGGCAGUCUUCUCAGAGUGGAACCUGGUAAUGGCGACCUCUCGGCUAGUUCUUGUGUGUUGCGGGCUGGAAAGGGGUAGCUGAUAAACUCCCACCCAGCACAGUAUUUAUGUCGGUCAAAAAUAGAAAAGAAUGUCCGGGCGCGGCCGGGGUGGGAGGAUCCCUUCAGGCCGAGAGCAGCCUAGCAAUAUGGCGCAACCCCAUCUCUGUAGUCCAACCUCAGCCUCCCACCUACUUGAACACCAACGUUCAAAGCUCCAGUGAGCUAUGAUCCCACCACAGCACUCCUGCCUGCGAGACUGAGAUGAUGAUUAUUCUCCAUCUUCUAAGAGACCAAAGACCAACGAGCCACCAGUUCCAGAACCUGCCAAUGUUGGGCAACAGAAAGUGAGGGAGUUCAACUCUGGUUCAAGCAAUUCUCCUGCCUCAACCUCCCGAGUAGCUGGGACUAGAGACGUGAACUUGUGAGUUCGACACAUGAAGAUUUACAACUUGAUAAACCAGCUUCAGGAGUAAAGGAAGAAUAGUAUGCCAGAAUCACUAAAUUAAAAAAGGUGGUGGAUCAGCUUUUCUGCAAAAAAUUUUGUAACUCCAGUUGGACUCCAUUGUUUCCAAGUCGACUUUCGUCCUCAUCCACAGCUCCUCCACACAAGCCCUGAACACCUGUUCAUUUGAAGCUCUUGGACUCACUGAGGCAGUAAAAGUACCAUCUCCUGUGUUUGAAUCAAACCCCGAGUGCCUGUAUGUAGAAGGCUUGCAGACAGGACUUCCUUUCAAAGCCCUCCUGGUUUGGAAUUCCAUGACUUGAAAGGAUCGUCCAUGGGGGUAAUAAAAUCAAGUUUGUUGUUAAAAAAACCUGAACUAGUUAUUUCCUACUUGCCUCCUGGAAUGGCUAAUAAACACUAAAGCUUCGCAGUUUCUGAAAAGAUCAUGAAGCUUUGAGAGUAAUGAAAAGCUUCCUGACAUUGAGGUCACUGUGGAAGAACCACCUAAGCUGAAGAUGCCUUUGAGAACAAGGGCAAGCCUGUGAUUUCAUGGCCUUUCUUCCAUUUGUGGUUCUUGCCAAGUGGAAUUUAAGUGACCUCUUAUCAAGAUGGAUAAACCCAAGUUUCCCAGUGCCAGAAUACAGAAAAUGGAUGGACAACUGAAUCUACCGUGAAAGACUUCAGAGACCAGGAAGAGAGACUGACUGGGCAACAUCUUAUUCAGCUGGAUCUACCAUGAAAGACUUCAGAAUCCAGGAAGAGAGACUGACUGGGCAACAUGUUAUUCAGGGUCUUGCCAUUGUCCAGGCUGGAGUGUAGUGGCACCAUCACAGCUGACCGUUACCUCAACCUCGCAGGCUCAAGUGAUCCUCCCACCUCAGCCUCCCAAGUGGCUGAGACUAUAGAUGCUUGCUACUAUGCCCAACUAAUAUUUGGACUUUUCCUAUAUGUGGGUUCCAGAGGGCUGAAUGUGAAACCUGAGGCACAUGCCUUGGGAGCUAAGUGGUUACUGUACUUGACCGCUAUGAAGACUGUUGUGGGAACGGUCCUUUUGGAUGUACAUCAGCAGGGGUCCCCAACACCUGAGCCAUGGAGCUAUAAGGAGCCACACAGCAGGAGCUCAGAUGGGACCACCUUGUUGCAGGAAAACAACCUUAACAUGCCCACUGAUUCUACAUUAUGCUCCUGCCUCCUGGCAGCCUCUCCAGGUCCAGAACUUUGUCCAGUCGGCCUCUACAGGUCAAGCUCAUGGCUCACAAUGGCCUAUUUAGGCCCAUACCCUACCUCAUGGCAGCUUCCACAGGCCCAGCUCCAUCAUUACAAUGGCCUCUUUAGGCCCAGCUCCUGCCUCCCAGCCUUCUCUCCAGGCCCAGAACUUUCUCAAGUCAACCUCACCAGGCCCAGCUCCUGCCUCUCAUCAGCCUCCCAAGGGCCAGCUUUUGCCUCACAGCCACCUUCCAAGACUCAGCUCCUGUUUUACAGUGGCCUUUUGAGACCUACCUUCUGUCUCCUGGCGGCCUGUACAGGCCCAGCUCCUGCCUCUGGGCAGCCUAUACAGUCCCAAAAUGUUCACAAGUCAGCCCCUCAAGGCCCAGCUCCUGCCUUCCAUCAGCCUCUCCAGGCCCAGCUGCUGCCUCCAGGUGGCCUCUACAGGCCAAACACUUUCUCCUGGCUGUGUCUGGAGGCCCAACUCCUGCCUCACAACAACUUCUUUUGGCUCAGCUCCUGCCCAGCUCCUGGUGGCCUUUGUAGGCCCAAAACUGCCUCAAGUCAAGUUCUCCAGACCCACCUUCUGCCUCCCAACGGCCUGGACAGGCCCAGCUCCUGUGUGACAAUGGCCUCUCCAGGCCCAGCUCUUGCUCCCAGCGGACUCUCUAGGCCCAGCUUUUGCCUCACAGAGGUCUUCCCCAAACAAGUUUCUACCUGCCUCCCGGCAGCCUCUACAGGCCCAGGUCCUGCCUCACACUAACCUCAUUAUGCCCAGCUCAUGUCUCAUGGCAGCAUCCUUAGGCCCAGCUCCUGCGCCCAACAGGUUGUCCAGGCCCAAAACUUCCUCAAGUCCCCUCUUCAGGCAUAGCUCCUGCCUAACACUGGCCUCCUUAGGCACAGCUCUUGCUU